AUGGAAUCUAGUAAACGCGGUUGUAGUUUGAGUUGUGGGAACUGGGGAAGAUCCAAAUUUGACUCUGUGGCUGAUAUAUCUGAUGUGUCCAGCAAUGUCACCCUAAAAAGUUACACCCUGCACUUUGAGGGAUUAGCUGACACCAAAAUUCCCAGGUCUGGGAUGCCUGUGAGUAUUCAGAGCAGCCAGAGCAUGUCUGUACUGCGGAUCCCAAGUCAAAGCCAAAUCAGUCAAUCCUAUUCCCAGGGCUCUCUCCACCGCAGUGUCAGCCAGCUCAUGGACAUUCAAGACAAGAAAGUCCUGAUUGACUACUCGCUAUGGGAAACUAUCAUGGGUCACAACAGGGGCCUUUAUGUGGAUGAAGAGGACCUGAUGAAUGCUAUCAAGGGUUUCAGCUCAGUGACCAAGGAACACACCACAUUCACCGACACCCACUUGUAAAGGACAGAAUCCCUCAAGAAGUAAACUGGAUGCAGCCUCUGUAACCCAUCACUCCUGAGUUGUUACUGACUUGACACAUCAUAAAUGUUGAAUACAACUGUCUGUCACCCUACAGUACUUUUAAGAAAUCAGGGCUGUUUUGAGAUUGGUCCUUUCUAAUAGAGAUCUAAGAAAUGUUACUUUUCUGGUUGUCUGAAACAAGGUAUAACAUCCAUAUAAAAAUACUUGUUUUCCACUCAUCUCUGGUGGUGA